AUGAUUGAUGGAGAGCGCGUUACGUACGAGUACGCUGGGCCGGCGGCGGCGGCGCCUGCCUACCACACUCACUCACCAUCCAUGGAUGGCACUUUGCGCCCUAUCGGGCCUAGUGGUUUUUCGGACUCUAUGCUUCGGGUCAGGCAGCUCGGGCCGCUCGGUCUCGGCCGGCACUUCCGUGGCGCGGCCGGCACUUCCGCUUCGACCACUCGGCCACGCGUCCUCAUCCUUGGAAGCGGCUGGGGCGGCGCCAAGCUCGCUCGCGGACUCGACAAGGACAAGUACGAUGCCAAGGCGAGGACGCUGGACCUCGAAAAGCAGUAUGUGAGCUGCGAGGGCAUCUUCACGGGGCGCUCCUUCGACGUGUCCUUCGACUACCUUGUCGUGGCCUGCGGAAACAAGACGAACACCUUCAACACGCCCGGCGUGGCCGAGCGCGAGGGCGAAGAGGUCUUCUUCCUCAAGCACCUCCACCACGCGCGCCAGAUCCGCAACCGCAUCAUCGAGUGCAUCGAGCGAGCAGCCAACCCGACCCUAACCGACGCAGAGCGCGCACGGCUGCUCUCCUUUGUCGUCGUCGGCGCGGGACCGACCUCGUGCGAGUUCACGUCCGCGCUCUCCGACUUUUUGCGCGAUGACGUGGCAAAGUGGUACCCCGAGGAGGCGAAGCAGGCGAAGGUCACGCUGGUGGAGGCGGGGCCGCGCAUCCUCGGCCCCUUCGACGCGGCGCUCGCCGAGUACUAUCGCGGGCACCUUGUCGCGCGCGGCGUGGAGAUGCGAACCGCGACCUCCGUCACCGAGGUGUGGCACGGCGACGACCGCGAGGGCAACCACACGACGCACGCACGCCUCAGCGACGGAGGCACCCUCCCCUUCGGCGCGAUGGUGUGGUCGGCGGGCCUCGCGCUAGUCAGGUUCGUCGAGCGGCUCGACGCGCUCCCCAAGCAGGAGCUAGGAGUGUCCUCGUUGGACGGUUCGCAGCGCCUCCUCACCGACAGCAGCCUGCGAGUACCCGGCACGAGAGGGCGCGUCUUCGCGAUCGGCGAUUGCGCGGGUGUGGAGGGGGCGCAGCUGCCGCCCACGGCCAGCGUGGCGGAACAGCAGGCGGCCUACCUGACCCACUGCUUCAACCAGCACUACUGCGCCUUCGACCCGAGCACCGACGCCGACUUGCCGCCCCCCGGGCCGGUGCGACCGGCCGCGUCGCCCGUGAGCCUCGCCUUCUUCCUCGACUACCUCUUCACGCCGACGCCCGCAUUCCGCUACGUCGAGCCCGGCUCACUCGCGAGCCUCGGCUCGCGCGCGGGGGUGAUGGACGGCUCGAAGUCGGAGCUGGGUCUGCCGAGCGUCACGGGCUGGGCGGCGAUCGUCGCGUGGCGGGGAGCAUGCUGGACAAAGCAGCUGAGCUGGUCCAACAUGCUGCUCAUCCCGAUGUUUUGGUUCAAGAGCGCCGUCCUCGGGAGGGACAUCAGCCGUUCGCUUAUUUUUUCUAUCUAUCUGUUUUUCAGUGUAUGA